GCUUAAGAUUAAAGGUUUUAACUCUUACAAGGAGGCCGAUGUUACAUACAUUCUAAGAAAGCUGAAGAAGAUGGAUACUCUUUGCCUGAUAGUGAUAUUAACACUGAACAGUAUCUACGAUGUCUUGAGUUUAAACACACCCAAAGCAGUGUCAUGUUGCAAGAAUGGUGGCAUAUGCGUCCUUGGAAGCUUUUGUAAAUGCCCAGAGUUUUUCAUCGGGAGAUACUGCCAGUAUCAUAUGGAGUACAAGGCCUGUAGACACGUUCCACAUGGGUACUGGAUACGCUCUGAUUGCGAUAAAUGCCGUUGUUUUAAUGGCAGAAUCUUUUGCAUCCCAAAAUAUUACUUCGGUUGUGAUGAUGAUGACGAACCGCUUGAUUCGACCAGAACCGUCGAUCCUUUUCGUGGAAAAACUAUCACUUUAUUUUCCAAAGACCCGGAUGUUCACCAUUCUCUAAUCCCGGAUACAGAUGUCGCUCCAACCGCCGCAGAGAAUUAUGACGAUGAGUAUUAUUAUAGUGACAAUAUGGCGGCCAGCGCUGCUCGUGCCGUCUUUCCGUUAUUCAUCUAUGCUUUGAUGCUACCCCUGGUUAUUUUAUGACGUAUGCCAUGAAGAGACAACAUCUCGACAUAUCUUUGGUGCAUCGAAUGUUUCAAUCUGUCUGUGUUGUGACUGUGCUUCCAUUUAAUAUUGACUAGAUAAUCGUUCUAUUGCUCACAAUGGAUUUGUUUGUUGUAAAAGUUGUUUUUAAUUAUGCCUUAUUUAUUGAAUACACAUAUAUAUAAUCA